AUGGCUGCUCAAAACACUUACGUCUCGAAAACCCAGCAUUACCUGAAAGUGAAGAAGCCGCUGCUGGAGCGUCAGCGCCGCGCCCGCAUGAACAAGUGCCUGGACACGCUGAAGACACUUGUUGCCGAGUUCCAAGGCGAUGACGCGAUUCUCCGAUUGGACAAGGCCGAAAUGCUCGAGGCUGCGCUCGUCUUCAUGCGCAAGGAGCUGGUCAAGCAGCAGGCGCCUCCAACACCUGUGCCCAUGGACAGCUUCAAGAAUGGCUACAUGAAUGCGGUCAGCGAGGUAUCGCGUGUUAUGGCCUGCACCCAAGGCAUGAGCGUCGAUGUGGGCAAGACGGUGAUGACUCAUCUGGGCAUCGAAUUCCAGCGUAUGUUGCGCGCUGAUCAGCAGCAAAGCGAAUUGGAACUGAGCUGCAAGGCGUCGACCGCAUCUCGUCCAGUUAGUCCUGCUUCCUCUGGCUACCACAGCGAUAUUGAGGAGCCUGAGGCGCUGGCCACGCCCAAGCCAGCAACCAUGUGGCGUCCCUGGUAA